AUGGAGAUGAAGGCGAUGAUGUGCAGAGAAGAGGAAGCGAGCAGAGAGUGCAAGCACGUGUAUACAAAGGUACUGGAGAUGGGCGAUGAAAAUCAUGAUUUAUUCAAGAAGUUACCUGACGGGUUUAAAGAAAAGUUCACACAAGAAAUUUUAUCACGCACAAGCCCUGCGGAUGUGAUGAGGCUCUCACUUGUGUCGAAAAGUUUCCGGGCGUCAGCCAAUUCUGAUGUUGUUUGGGACACAUUCAUUCCACCUGAUCAUCGGAGACUUGCUCUACAACGCAAUAAGACCUUUGAUUCUAGCAAACGAUUGUUUUGGUAUCUCUGUUGUACGACUGAGCUCUUUUGGUCAGACUAUCCUGUCUCCGGGCAGCGCUGUUGGUUAGAUAAAUGGAGCGGGAAGAUUAUCCUCUAUAUUGAUCAUAAAUCGCUAGCAAUCACACAGCUUGAUACAGAUUACUGGAAGAAAAGUGAUAAUGAGCCGCUGCUUGGUCAUGUAAUUUGGCUUGAAGUUUGCGGGAGAAUACCCACGUCAAGAUUGUCACCAGGCACGACCUAUGAAGCUUAUCUUGUGUUUUUUCUGUCACAGUACGUUUGCUAUGGAUUUCACAUACCUAUAGAGACUUGUGUUGGGAUACCAGGGGAAGAAAGCACAAAAGCGAUCAUACAUUUGGAUCCUCGAAUAGCUGAGUCCAAAAGCUAUCACCAUUAUCAAAAAAAAUAUACGUCAAGGGAAUUAACAAUUGUUGAUGCUGAUUCUAUAGAAGUUAUAGAAGUUAAGUUGGGUGAAUAUUUCAAUAAAAAAGGGGAGAACAGAGAUGUUGAGAUCACUUUGAAAGAAGUAAAAAGUGGAAGGCCCAAGUGUGGUGCCCGCUUUAUUGGGAUAGAGAUGCGACCUAAGCAAGCGUAA